UGCUGGAUUUUAGUGACAAACAUAAGCCCCCAUUGGAUUUGGAUGUUCUCUUGAACUGUGCAGUGACAUUUAAAUUUUAAGACAAACAGUGCAGUGACUACCCAAAGGAUUGCAAAGUGUUAUCAAUUUGGAUUUUCACGGAAAACCCUGGAUAUGAAAGAGUUACGAAAACUGAAGUGCUAAUGACUUACAAAGGAUUUGAAGUGAAUUAAAUUUUAAGGAGGUGCCUUGAAUCGACAGGACGGCGAACUCUGGUAAUACGGCAGGAUACGCGGGAGCAAACAUAAGCUACGCGGGAGCGCACGCUCCCGACACAGAAAAACAUCAUUUUCUGCAAGAUACCAUAGGCUACAGAGUUAACGCACCAAGCGGCUAUGGGUGCGCUGGCGGUCCGGGCGCGAUGAGCGGCGGAGGCGAGAACGGGCAGUUCGGCGCCACCGCCGCGAUGGUCGCCGCGGCCACCACGGCCGCGAUGCAGGACUCGCAGCCCUUCUCGCAGAUGCAAAACAACAUGACUAUGGGAAAUCCCCAGUAUAAUGCGAUGAACGGCUACGGUCAGCAGCGCAGCCAUAAUCCCGCAAUGACGGGAAUGGGAAUGGGUGGCAAUGGCGGCAUGAACGGAAUGACUGGCAUGGGCCAGAUGGGAAAUGCUAUGAAUGGCAUGAAUCCGAUGGCUCAGAUGGCGAAUAUGGGAAUGCACGCUACUAUGAUGUCCUCACAAAUGGGACCUGGCCAAAUGGGUGGAUCGGCUAAAAUGGGUCCAGGGUACCACCAAAGGCGGCACACACCUUAUCCAUCAGGAACAAUGCUUAUGGGAUCGAGGAAAACUCAAUACAUGACUGGGCAGCCUAGUUUUGGUCCCGGCCCUGGUCAAUAUCCCACGGGGUACGGUGGGAGACCUGGUUUCCAAGCUCAAUACCCACCACAGCAGGCACUCGGUCCGAGUGGAAAUUUUAGUGCAGGAAUGAGGGGUAGCAUGAGACAAUCUACGCCACCUUACUCAAAUCAGGGGCAAUAUUUCAACGGCAGUGUUACGAAUCAGUUUCCCCAGCAUCAGGCAGGAAGUGCGCAGUACGGUGCACAGUAUGGCGGACAAUUCGCGCAAGAAGUAGCUAUGCGCUCAAAUAUGAGCUAUCAGCACAGCCCUGUACCGGGAAAUCCAACGCCACCACUCACGCCAGCCAGUAGUAUGCCACCUUACAUCAGCCCUAACGCAGAUGUUAAACCUCACUUUAACGAGCUCAAGCCACCGAUGGGCAUGCAAAAUGACGAGCUCCGGUUAACAUUCCCUGUAAGAGAUGGUAUAAUACUACCACCUUUUAGAUUAGAACAUAAUUUAGCAGUUAGCAAUCAUGUAUUCCAAUUAAAACCUACGGUCCACUCAACGUUAAUAUGGAGAUCCGAUCUUGAGUUACAACUAAAAUGCUUCCAUCAUGAAGAUCGGCAAAUGAAUACAAACUGGCCAGCAAGCGUGCAGGUCUCUGUUAAUGCAACACCUUUAGUAAUUGAUAGAGGUGAAAACAAAAAUUCACACAAACCAUUGUACCUGAAAGAAGUGUGUCAACCUGGCAGGAAUACAAUACAAAUCACCGUAUCGGCUUGUUGUUGUUCACAUCUAUUCGUUCUGCAAUUAGUACAUCGGCCGAGCGUGAGGAGUGUGUUGCAAGGGUUACUACGAAAACGACUUCUCACAGCAGAUCAUUGCAUCGCAAAAAUUAAAAUGAACUUUAAUCAAACGCCAGCUAAUCCUAACAACUCCAAUAUUUCCAACGACAGAGAUAGUGUUGAACAAACGGCGCUUAAAGUAUCAUUAAAAUGUCCCAUAACAUUCAAGAAGAUAACAUUACCUGCGCGGGGGCAUGAAUGUAAACAUAUACAGUGCUUUGAUUUGGAAUCCUACUUGCAACUUAAUUGCGAGAGAGGAUCAUGGCGAUGUCCAGUGUGCAAUAAACCAGCUCAGUUGGAAGGCUUAGAAGUAGACCAAUACAUGUGGGGUAUCCUAAAUACCUUGAAUACCUCCGAUGUAGAUGAAGUAACUAUCGAUAGUGGGGCAAAUUGGAAAGCAACUAAGAUUCCUACAAACACUGGUAUCAAGCAGGAAGAAGACAGCAACGACGGUAGUGGCAAAAGAUCGAAAGCUGUAUCACCAGGGUCCAUGAACAUGCCAACAAUGAACAAUUGGGAUAUGAAUCAGGCCCUAUCACCAUAUUUACCGCCAGAUAUGAACACUAUUGCGAGCGGGUCCAUGAUUUCAUCGUACAACCAAGGAGGACAGAAUAGAAACUCGGGAUCAAGUAACCAAAACUAUGAUUUCGGCAUGAACAACGGACCAGGCAGCAAUGAGUUUGCAGGCAAUGGUCCUCUAUCUCAUCUAAACGAUAGUGUUAACUCCUUGGAUCCACUCAACGCGAUGGAGAAAAGUCUUAAUGAGCAGAUGCCACACACUCCUCACACGCCUCAUACGCCGGGAUCCGCACACACGCCGGGCGGAGGCGGCGGGGCGCACACGCCGGGCUCGAGCCACACUCCAGGGCCGCCGUCCGUCGACCACCAUCCUCUUACAGACGUCGACAUCCCCGCAGAUCUCAACUUUGAUCCAGCAGCCGUCAUUGAUGGAGAGGGCACUGAUAAUCUUAAUCUUCUUCCGGAGACAAACGUAGACCCGAUGGAGCUUCUCUCGUACUUGGAUGCGCCAGCUCUCGGUGAACUGCUAGCGACGCCGCCUUCGUCUUCAUCUUCGGCGGGAUCACAUCCGCCCAGGGUGCCUUCGUCCGAUGAUCUCCUAGCCCUAUUUGAAUGAGCUAACGCAUGUGACUGGUGGGGUUUACACCCUCCAUCGGAUGACAACUAGCGUGAAAUGAUGCGAUCUCGUUUAAUCAUUCAGCUUCCGUGAGUGGUUUGUCGUGUACGGCAAAACUUCAGCUCUUCGUACAAGUGGAGCCCGACAUUGUGAUACUAGAUUUUAGUUCCUUCUCCAGAGUGAAAAUAUUGAAUGCUGCAGAAUUAUCACAGAUAAAUAAUUUAUUCAGAAUCCGGAUCCAACAGAAUCUCCUAAAAUUGUUAUCUGAGUAAAACUUGCGGCAAUCAAUGCAGUCACAUCUUGUGUCAUGUUGAAACAACGGCACAGGGGAAAAUUUAGUAGAUAUAAUAUUUUAGGUAAUAUUGUACUAAGGCGAGGCGCGGGCCGCGCCGGCCACGCACUGCGGUGGCGUGCAUGUAUAGUUCCUCGCACUGCCGCACACACGGUGGCGCACCUAAGCUCCCUAUAUUCUAAACUCUAGUUUUAACUGUAACACAAAUUAAAAGUUAUACUUAUCGUAUAAAACUGGACUCUUUAUUCGAUUUGAUAAUAAUAUCAUAAUCGAUGAAAUAUUUUGAUUUGUCCAUAUUUUGUGAAUAGUUCACCGAGUGUAAAUAAAAGAGUUUAUUUUAUUGAUAUCCGUUAUUGUGGUGGAGUAGAUGAGGACGUCGCACCGCCUGUACAUAUAGCGUAGAGCGACGCGACGCUCGCGGGAGGCAUCAUGAAUCUUAUAGUUCCUAUUUGAUGCGAGUGAACUAUAACGUUCAAUUGCCGUUAAUUGUAAAAUAUUCCUUGACGUUUUCGCAUAUUCUGCAUUUUUAAAUGAUAAGGCGUAGGAUACGUGAGUAUAGCGCUACUCGCUUUUUGGGUGAUAUAUUCUAAAUGAGUUGUUUCAAGUAAACAGACCUCCUGUAACAAACUAGUUGUUACUAAACUAUAUUGUAAAUGUGAGAGCAAAAUUGAAUUCUGUUAAAUUAUUUUGCGUUAUGUGAAUCGAAGAAUGAUAGAAAUAUAUUUUAAUUUCUAAAAAGAGACCUGUAUUAUUUGUAAAUAAGAAAUAGUUAAGUAUAUUAUAUUAUCUAGUUAUAUUUAGAAGAACAUGGCAGAUACUUAUAUGAUGGCCAGUUUUAGUGUAGUAUUACUAAAUUAAAAUCUACACAUGGUUUUACAUGUACAUACAAAUUACAAAUACCAUAAUAUACAUACAGUCAUGUCUCCAUGCGUUCAGAGUGCAGAUUUAAGAACUUACUUAAAAUUAUGACCUAGUCUUAACUUGACUGGAAAAGCUUAUAGAAAAAUAUAAUAGUUCAAUACCUACUAGAAUUAUUUUGAUAUUGUCAUUUCACUAAAAACUUUUCUCAAUUUCGUUGUUGCUUUUGUGUUUUUUUUAUACAGUUUCGUCUUCUUUUUCUUACAAUUUAAUGAAUAAUUAACUAUCUAGAAAAAAUCAAUGUCACAUCUGUUUUAGUAUUUUCUUUUAUUCUAUUCUGUACUCUGAAACGCUUGUUGAGUUUUAAUUCUGAAAUCUUAAGCUGUAAAAUAACAUUUUCUCUAUCUCUGCUCAUCCUGAUUUAACAUUACAAUUAAUUUCAACAUAACUUAUGAUCUAUGAUUGAAAGCAAUAAUAUAUAUAUAAAUACAAAGGAAAUAUAGGUAUACUUCAUUAUCUGUAUGUAGAUGUUUUAUUAAAUAUAUUAUAAUUCUAUGAAUUGUUGAAUAACUGAUUAAUAAUGAGAAAAUUGUGAUGAGCAUUGAAUUGAAAAUCUCUUUUUUCACAUAUUUUCAAAUGUUUGGUUCCUUUUUUUAGUGUAUUGUAUUUAUUUUGAGUUUAAAUAUUACAUUUUUAAUUUGAUAUUAUAUAUAUGCAGCAAAAAGUAAUUUAAAAUUUUUAAGAAAUCUAAAUGGAAUUAAGUUCCCAUAAAAUAAUUUCUACUUCACAAAUGUUUUCGAGCUGUGACCACCAGAAAUAGAUAAAGCUAAUUCCAACAAUAUCAAAAGAUUUUUUGUAAAGGAUGAUGUUUUGUCAUUCUGUUUAUGAUGGAUAUUUAGGAAUGCAAAUGAAAAUAAUUUCAUAUUCGUUUGAACAUUGAAAACUCAUAACUUACUACAGUAUUAAAGAGCAGUUUAUUAUUAAUCUGUAACUUAGAGUUGUAUGUAAAACUUCUCACUAACUUUUGUAAAAAAAAUUGGUGAUUUGUGCAUCUUUACUUCAUGCUAUGAUUAUGGACGCCUCUUUAGAGUUAGUCGACUAUUAUGAAAACAAUAAAAUAAGUCUUAUAUAAAGCAGUGGUCAAUUAUUCAAGCAAAAGUACUUAAUAUUCUACUUGUGAAAGUUUCAUAAAAUUGUAAACAGAAAAGCUUAUUUGUCUAGUUGAUCACAGCUUUUAACUUUAAAAUACAUACUUUUAAGGGACCUUCAAUUCCAGUUAGCUAGUUCUAUUUAUUGUAGUGAAUAUUCCUAUUGGAUGGAUCAUCAGAAAACAGAUUUUUGUGCGACCAAAUACUUUUCUAUAAAUUAUACCUCUGUAGGGUAAAAAAUAAAAAUUUGUUUAUAUAAAAUGGAAAAUAUCAUAAAAAUGUAUAGCAUAUCACAAGAUCACAUGGCAAAAAUCCAAAUGUAUGAUUCAUCCAAAAGAGUCAAUGAUUACAAUAUAUUUUGUUGAAUAUUGUAAUGAGCCACUGUCAAGUUAAGUAGAUUUCAUGCUCAUGCAAAAUCAAGAAACAACUUUUGGAAAUAAGUGAAGGAAGAAUUCUAAAUAAACAUAGCUACCAUGACUUCAUGUUCAUGAAACGCCAAACUGUACUAUAGUAGUAAACUUACCACAAUCAUGUUUAUUCAGGUUGGUAUUCACUGAAAUUCAUUUUGAAAUGUAUAAAAUGGGAAAACAUAACAUUUUUAUGUUAUUGAAAAUAAAAUGACCCUAAAACAUUAA